AAACAGGAAAAAAAUAGAGAAAAAUACAAACAAUACAGACAGAAAAAUAAUCAGGCGCGUGCAAAAGCAGAAAAUAUUCGGUUAACAAACGCAACAAUUGUGACGCACGGCAACGCAACGGACGCACACAGAUCGGAAAUGGCCGCGGCCACCAACAGUGACUCCUCCGGCGUGGAGACGGCCCGCGAGGAGGUCGAAAUGCCCAUGCCCAUGCCCAUGAGCAUGCCCACAGCCUCAAAGGGCAUUAUGAUAACUCCGCCGCCAGUGAUGCCGCCCACACCCACAUCAUCGCCAAACACACACGGCGAGUGGCCCAACCUCAAUCCGAACGCAUUCCAGCUGAGCAGAGACCGAGGGGAGCACUUUGCGCUGCCACACUUGCCCCCACUACCGCUGAACGCCAACUCCGACUAUCUGCCGAGCCUGAUACACCCGAGCACCCUCCCCUCAAGCAGUAAGAGCUUCAAGAUGCGCCCGCGAAUGCAGCGCCUGAAGACGUACUGCAGCUACAACAACAUAUUGGCCCAGUCGAACGGGCGACGACUGCGCACCGCCGCUUCCACCUGCAACGUUGAGUGGCUCAACCGCCUGCUGGAGGCGGGGGCCAAUCCGAAUGCCGCCGACGAGUACAAUCGGAGUCCGCUGCACUUGGCCGCCUGCCGGGGCUACAUACCGAUUGUCGAGCAGCUGCUCAAAUACGGCGCCAAUCCCAAUGUGGUCGACUCCCUGGGCAACACGCCCCUCCAUCUGGCCGUCAUCUCGGCCAGUUCGAACAACUUCAAUGUGGUGGUGGGCGUCCUGUUGCAGGGCGGGGCCAGUGUGCACAUGUACGACCGCAGCCACAAAUCGCCGCUGGAGCUGGCCGAGGCAAGGCUGCGACUGCUGCGCAAUCGCUACGAUCAUCCCACACCUGAGCAUGCCAAGAUCCUCGAGGACAUGUGCAUGCUGACAACGCUGAUCUUGCGCUACAUGGUGAAGCAGCAGCGCGAGUUGGAGGACCUCUCGGCCCUCGAGAAGCGAUUGCAGAACCUAAGCACCAGCGACGAUCAGGAGCAGGUUGUCUCCCAAACGGCCGACGAGCUACUGGCCAGCGUCGAGCGCUUGUCCAUCAACAACAAGUAAACGUGGGGAGAUGCUGUCAAUCGACGUAAAAUCAUUUCGAGAGCGGGCUCAAAUUGCGUUCGAUGAGUUGAUUAAUAAUUUGUAUAUCGUAUCCUAAUUUGGCUGCCGUUGAGCUGGCGUUGGUAUCGUGUGUGUGAGACUGCAGGUAUCCCUGGUCGCGAUCCGACACCCGCUCACACACAUACCCCACACAUAUACAACCCCCACACACACACACAUUGUUUCAUGCGAUCUUUUUUAUUAAGUAUUUCGUUUAAGAUUUAAUUGUUUGAUACAAAACAAAUAAACCACAAUUUAUGAUUACAUUUUAAGCUUUACUUUUAGCGCGCCAAAACAACAUCAAGUUAUGUAAUAAAAACUGCAAUUGCAACUCUUGUGAACACCCAAAA